GAUUAUCAAUAACACCCCCAUUUUAAUAUAUGAACAACUUCCUUUAUUGUAUUUCUGGAGGAUUCAGUAAAAGAAUGGUGAAGAAAUGUGUCUGAAAAUAGAAUAAUCUCCCUAUGAUUAGUAACAAUGAUCACAUCAUGUGUCACCUUUUAAUCUCAUAGGAAUUGCAGUAACACCUUUCGUUUUUUUUUAUAGAUUAUGGUUAAGUGGUGUAGGCAUUGCUGAUAUACUCGACGGAAGUAUUAAUACAAGUGUUCAACAACAUAUACAAAAUGAUUUACAAGAUUUUGGUCGUUUAAUAUUAAUGUUAGCAUGUAAUUCGAUCGUAGGUGCACAAAAAGAACAUUUACAAACAUCAUUAGAAAUAGUUCAAAGAAGUUAUUCACAUGAUCUUAAAAAUCUUAUACUACAUUUCUUAUUACCAUCAAAUACAUUAAAAACAAAAAGUAUUAAUGAUUGUAUGCCAAUGAUUGGUGCACGAUUUUAUGCACAUAUUGAUAAUUUACAUGUACGCGGUGAUAUACUUGAAAAUGAGUUAGCAAAAGUAAGUUAUGUUCUUUGUUUUUAUAAUUAG